CACCGAUUCGGCGUACAGCUUGUACCAGUCUUCGGGAAGAGACCCACUGGAAGUGCUUGAUCUUAACCCUCCUAAUGUAUGGCAGUCUGGCUGUGGUAUUCUGGUGUCAGACCAGCAUAGUAGAGGUCAUAGCUCUCAACUAUCAACAGGAACCAAUCACGAUCAAGGAUAGUCCUUGUCAAGAUGGGUACACCUUCAUCCCUGUUGCUUUUCUCGUCCUGCUCUAUCUUGUCUACCUAGUGGAAUGUUGGUACAGUGACGUCCGCAUUGAGAUCCAAUAUCGGGAAGACGUGAGUACGGUUUACAGUCGGGUCCGUAGGAUACGCAAUGCCUACCCAGUGGUUUGGUGGAGGGCUAUCUCCUAUCAUUACAACAGACAUACGCGCCAGGUUACGCGGUAUAGACAUGGAGAUGCCUACACAACGACUCAAGAGUAUUUCGAAAGGAUAAACACACACUCAGCAGCUGGGGCAUUUGAUUUUGGAGAAUGUGGUGUAAAAGAUGUUUCGAGACAGUUGAAUGGAUUAGAACUUCACCCUUUAACAAGGAUCACGUUUACCAAAAACUUCAUGUUUUUAAAUGAGGAAGCGGAGAAUGACUAUCUAUCACAGAGGUCACGUUUCUUUACAGAGAAUGAGGGUCGGGAUGAAAAUUUAGAAACACGAGAAGGGCUUGGUCUCACUGAAGUUGAGUUCACCGAUGAAAUGGUGACAUACGCGUGUUCUGAAAACCUUCCAUGGUAUGUGUCAAUGUCAAUGUUUUGGGUGACUUCUCUAUCAUUGCUUUCAUGGCCUUUUAGAAUCCUAAUAUCAAUGCAAACUGCAAUAGUUGACUACCAGAUCGAGAAAUUAUUUGGAACGAACUACAAUAGUGGAAUGAUCACAGUUGAGUCUUGGACAGGCGAGGGGGCAAAUGGAAAUAGAUUCAAUACUGUAGGUAGUAAUAGGAGUCUUGAGUUACUUAUACGUGACAAUAGACAUGUUGUCCCCAGCUACUCAGAGGCACUCCUUAUGGACAUAGCAAAUGGAAACCAUCUUCGGUCAGGCCUUACACCGACUGGACCGGGUCCGCCAUUUGCUGCUCAGCGAGCUAAGCACGAACACAACAGUCAUGAUACAAACACGAGACACAACUACAUACAUGGAUCUUUACGUUCAAGAACAUUACAAAGAUCUGCGACAACAGCUAUAGGUCUCUGUUAUGUAUCGAGCUUAUCAAACGAUCGAGAAGCGCAGUCAUCAACGAGUGACUGGACACUGCGAUCACCUUUGACUCACAAUAGAUCUCUUUCCAAUGGACACACACCUUCGACUAGUCUACGGAUACUUCCAUCCCGUAGUUCAUCUAGUCACACCAUAGGUAUUAGCAAUAUGUUUAACCGCGUUAAACCAUUUACGAACUCCUCCAAUACGGCAGGAGCUGCAAGCGAAACUGAAAAUAGGGCUGCACUGAUCCCAACAGAUGAUACCGAGCCGAACGCUAAUCAGAGAAAACCACUAAUGUCUGCAUCGUCGACACCAAGUAACAGACGCCAUAGACGACCGACAUCUCUGCCACUGUGCUUCGGUAGCCAAGGAAGUCAGCAAGAAGAUAGUGAAGGUAUGGAGGACAGUCAGACUGAUGAGAAUCAAAUAGAAUCGUUGGUCUUGAUGGAUGGUGAUGGUGGGGUUCGGACUGUCACGUGGCAUAGAGCCAAUGGAUUCAAUCAAAACAGUCAAGGUACAGGUGGAAUGGUAGUUGUACCCAUCGACUCACCUCCACCUUACGACGCUGCACUUAAUAUGAACGAUCCUGAUGAUGAAGAUGCAGAAGAAGGAGAGACGCAAGCCGAAGACAGUGUUGAGACGUCUGUAUAAUAUAAUCGCAGAGCUUCCGAAAAGAUUUUAUUACUUUCCAUAUAUAUGUUUAAUCUGUAAUUAUUAAGUAUUUUGUUUGUUUCUGAGAUUUUCUUCCUUUUGAUAGAGUGUUUUAUGUAAGCAUUAUAAUAUCCAAGGGAAUAGUCGAUAUGCUACCAGAGAAAUAUCAUCAGUGUUAGGUACAAUAGCAUGUUUCCGUUACCAUGACCUUCGGAGGUGAAAAUUCCAAUGAAGGUGUACUUUCAUGUUUACUAAUAUCUUCCUUUUGUGUUUAACUUUCAUGUAUUUUGUCAUAUUCUUGCGUUCAUUCGUGCAAACGGCGAUAUUUAAGUCAGAACGGGAUGUUUCGGAUAUUAUAUGUCUUUGAUAGUCAGGAAUGUAAACACAAAAGUAAGAAUAAAUCCAGUAAUUCUGCCAAUCAGUGGAAUAUCUACAAUUUACUUGACGGGAGGAGGCAAUCCUCAUCAAGAAGAGGCAAACAAAAAUGAUGGUUAAAUAGAGAAAAUAUAAGGAGAUCAAGGGUCACCACCACAUUUGGACGAAUAUGACGUCAUGUUUAUGUCGUCUUCCCCCAUCAAAAUCACUGACGUUAAGCACUGUAAUGUUUGUACUGUUAGUCAACACUAGUGGUAAAAUACGUAGCAAAAUAAAUUCUUUAAUUUUUAAGGUACAAAUUUUCAGCGAAACUGUUCACCGAUUACAGAUUAAACUAUUUCAAAUACAGCCCAAUAUAAAGUGAUAACUCAUCACCAUCGAAUAGUUAGCUUUGAGAAAUGUGAAUUGGUACGGGGAGAACUUUGUCUUCCAAGAGCCUUAACUCCUUCCAUAUAUAAGAUUGGAAAUGAAAGCGUGCUGACAAAUACAGCUUAAGUGAGAUUGAAGUAUCUGAAUAUCUGGAACCCCCCCCCCCCCCCUAUGUCAGCGCUCCUUGUCAUUCUCUCUUUGUUUAUCUCCUCCCUUCUGUCAGUCUCUCUCUUUCUCUCUCUUUCAAUUUCUCUGUAUUUUCAUUUCUCUCUCACUUCCCAGUGGUAAGAAAAGUGUACUAUGGUAUAGGUGAGGCAGAAAGUUGUUAGUGAUUCGUGUUACAAUAUCGAGAAAACAACUUACACGGUGUGUUUGUACUUAGUUGAGUGACGGCAAGAGGGGGAAUUCAGUUCGGUGAAGAAUCCAGGAAUUUAGAAUAGAGACACUUGAAGCAAAUACAUGUAGAAUUACGGAUGCUUAAUGGAUAUUGAUUUCUUGUGUCAAUUUGGGGCUAAGAUAGAUGUAUUCGGUUGCUAAACUUAGUGGGAAUUUACCUUGCUUUGAAAUGUCAUUUGUUGCUUUGCUACGCAUUUCCCUUCUGUGAUCGUACAAUAGCACGUCAAUGCAUUCAUAAUCUAAUUUAUUGUUAUCCUUUCGAGAAAAUAAACCUUUUCCCCGUUUAUGUUGGUCAAUUUGCAUUAUUCUUCUUUUCGAAAGAAAUCGGAAUCAUAGUCACUCCAUAAAUGUACUACUGAAAUCGUCUAAGUCUUCCUUUUUAUUAUCAAUCAUUUUCUUUGAUUUAUGUGAUUCAAUUUUACUCUAUAUAGAAGUAAAAUCUCACCGAGAUUUUUUGUUUUACUUUCAUUUUCGAUGAUUAUCAUUUUCUUGAUAAACUUAAUGAAUGAGAAUGUAUCCACACUACAUGUUUGCUUUAUAAUGAAAGUAUGCGGAUUUUUUUUUUAUUCUAUACCUAAUGAUUAGUGUAGAUGCAAUUGCAUCACAAAACCCAAUAAGAAUGCACAUAGGAUAUUCCUCAUAGUCAUAGAAAAUUACAGUUUUGAAAAGAAACUGAUCAUCCAUCCGUAAAAAAGAGUUUAGUAAAAAAAGAAAUAUGUCAUGAUUUUGAACACAUUCCUAUUUAAUUUGAAUGAUAAUAUUUCACAAAUGUCAAUCACAAGUUAUUUUUGUUGUCUUUCUACUAAUUUAUUAAGAUAAGGUGGUAUAAUCACAUAGCCUUAAUCCAUAGAGUUUGUAAUUUUAGUUCCAUCCCAUAGCUGGCAUCUUUCAGAAAGGCAAAUAUAUUCAAUUCGUUAUUUUCCCUGCAGAUGAAAUGGAUGUUAUCAUUUGGGAGUAUUCGUGUUUGUAGGGGUCUCAUGAAAAAAAAGGUGGAAGAAACUAUAGCGAUUCAUAUUACACUAUGCGGAACAUCUCCAUACACCAUAACAUAAGGGAUACAUUAUUAUUAUCAAAUUUCAAAUUAAAAAGGUUGGUGAUAUGAUAAUGCCUAGGCAAUAAUGGGCAAUAUAUAUUUUGUUUAAAUGCACAUCACGUUUCGUUGUUCAUUUGUUUCAUCACUAUGUUACUCUUUUUUACGUUACAAAUAGCAACUCCCCGUAGAUAAAUCGGGUUAAAAUCAGCUGACUGAUGUGUGACGUUACAAAUAUAACUCCCCAUAGAUAAAUCGGGUUAAAAUCAGCUGACUUAUAUGUUUCGUUGUUGUUAGUGUCAUUGUUGGUGGUCUGUAUUUGUCCUCGCAGGUGUCGUUUGUCAUGUAGCAUUUCCAUACAAGGAAAUUGAAAUAAACCAGUAAACUGAAAUAACUGUAAAGUAUACAUGCGCCCGUUUUCUUUUUUUUUUGUCAACUGUGGUGUAUUUAGGUAGAAAUUACAUGUACAGUAUUAUAAAAACUAAUUUAUGUGUCAAAUUCUAUUCUUCAAAUAUUUCAAAAUGAUAAUGACAGAAUACAUCCCUUGAUCAUGAUUGUGAGCACUGUCAAUUUGGUAAUGUUGUAUUAACCUAAAUUGUUUAACAUUAAGGAGUGAUUAUCCCGUGUGUCAUUAAAGCAAAGCCUAUUGUUACUAACAUUACUCAAGAAAUAACAGGAAAUGGCGUGAUUUGUAAAACCUCGAGCUUGCCAAAUUAGCUAAAUAUCUUUUAAAAAUGUUGAAAUAAACAAAAUUUCGUCAUUCUAAAAGCUAAAUCAAUGGUAUGACAGACAUAAACUUCAUUUGUAUGUUUGUGGAUCUCAAUAUUACACAUUCUUGGUGAAAUAACAGCGACGGGAUAAGACACUGGUCAAAUUCACCGUGUUCAUGUAUAUGGUAUCUCAAAUUCCAGUUUGAAUCGGAAAUUGGCAAUUAUCUGAGAAAUAGUUGGUAGCCUUCUAGCGACGAUUGGCCUUUUGCUGUGGUUCUAGAUUGGAUGGAUAACCUGUAGCGCUUCCAAUAAAGCAACCAGUGGAAAUACACAGCUGGUCGUGUUAGAAAUUACCUCUUUCAGAGGCAAAAGUUAAAAGCAUUUCAUGGUUGUAAUGAUAAACCGAAUUAAAAUGCCGGUAUGUCACUAAAACACUUUUGAUCUAUUUUCAAGGCCUGUGAGAUGCAUGCACUCAUUUAUGGCAUGAUAUAUACUUUUUAUUAAAUGAGAUAUUACGAUAUCAUGGAUAAAUCAAUCUGUAUCACAUAAAAUUGUGUAGUUAAAUAUUGUACUAAUGUCAAAUUUUAAUAUUAUUAUUGUUACACCGAUGUGUUAUUUCAUUUGUCAUACGUAGAUAAAGUGUUGCAGUCCAUGAAUUAGAAAGACUAAGUUUCUGACAAAAAUAAUUAUUCCACCUUCAACAGUUGCCCAAUUAACAACAACUGGAUGCAACCGAUAUAUUCACAUACCUUAACAUUUUCUAGUCAUAAAUCAAUGUUAUAGUCAAAUACGAGUUGAAAGUAAUAGAAAAUUCAAAAGAUAGUCGCACUCAGAUAAAGCUUUCGUCUGGUAUUAUCACUAGUUUGCGUCAAAGGGUAACUACACAAUGAUGACCCAUCUCUUGUCAUAUUUUGCAUGCAUUGAAAGCAGAGUUUAUAAACAUUGACACUUUUGUAUAUUAGUUAUAUUGACAGGUCAAGGAAGUUAUCAACUAAGGCUCUUGAGACGUGGAUGGCUAUACAAAUUACAAAUUUACGACUAUUGCGUCAUUUGAUAUGUACAAGUUUUUUUUUUUCACUUGUAUCUGAAAUAAAUGCUUAGCUGUGUGAACACCCUUCAAAAUGAAUUACAUUUACUCUUUAGGUAAGGAUUUCAUCUUCAUGGCUGCGAAUUCAUGUUCAUAUAUAUCUAUUGUAGAUUCUAUUUUUUGUAAGUGUUACAUUAGAAAAAAAACAAAGAAUGUUGAAAUAAGAAAUAGAAGAUAAUCGUAGUAAUGUAUUCGUGAAAUGUUAUGUAUCACUGUAUUGUCAGAGAACCAUGAAGCGCAUGUCAUCAUAAUGCAGUAA